ACUGAAGGCACACAUUGUGUUUCCAAUAGUUCAUCACAAGUAAAGAACAUGGAGUACUUCAGAAACAUGAUACAAAAUGUUAAAUUGAGUUCUAUAACAUAUAAACCAUAUGAACUGGACGGAUAGUGGCAUCUCAAGUUAUAUAUGCAGAGCACACAUGGAAGAAUUUAGCUCUAUGCAAGAAAAAGAAGCUAGAGCGCACAGGAGGAACUAUGUGUCUUUUCAGUUAAGGUAGGAGAUGGGACUCAAACUCUUGAUCUCAAUGACAUUACCUAAGUGCGUGCAAGAACGGAGUGUUGAUCUGAAGACAACCUGAAGAAACUGAAUUUUUUGAAGAGGGUAGAUAUUCUUAGGAAAUAUGGGUGCCUUCCAAAGUAUAUGUUCCUGGAAUGUUCUUUGGACAAAGAUGCUUUGACAACCUGUAUAAAAAGUUGCUGCAUAUGUGAUCGCCCAACUCUGAUAGAACUGACAGAAGAAGGCUGUAAUAUUGAGAGUUCAAUUAAACACAAGUGUUGUGCCGUUGCUUGUAUUCAUUCUCUGUAGCUCUGGUUGCUGAUAAAUAAGGGAACAAUAAUCCUGGAAUAUGCUAUAAAUAUUGUAAUAAGGGACAUCAAGGUGAUCAGGGUAUGGAAUCUUCUGCACAGAAACACUGUCAGACUCUUAUAAGUUAAUUAAAUAUUAGGUGAAAGCUUGGUCAAGAAAUGAAGGAAGGAUGCCAAGUAACACUUCCUAUAGGAUUCUGAUCCACUUUAAAGCUUCUGAAUAUAGGAUAUCAAUAUCAAGUGAUUCUGUUCACACAGUAUUUUAAUGUGUACUCCGGAUGUUACAUAAGGUAGUGUGAGUGUGAUUCCCUACUGAUGCUCUAAAAGAAGGAAUCUUUAAAAUCCUUUGGAUUUAGGUUGAGUGCCUGAUUUGCUCGAGGAGUAUCCUGCCCGAUGAAAGGACGCGAUGUUCAGGUCAUCACUGUGAAGUAACCUUGCACAAGGUUUGUUCUGAAAAAAGUGAUGGAAGCUGCCCUCGACAUAUAUGUUUUCACUGCAAAAGGAGAACAACUUGGCACCGGUUGAAACAUGUAAUGCCUGCAUGUGCACAGUGUUCGCUGCAUCAAAACAGAAUGGCUGAAUCUGUUGAUCCUUCAAAGCUAAUGAAAAGUUGGAGUAUUUGGCCAUCAACGAUUGAGGGUGCAGGUCCAGCAUAUGACAUUGAGGAAGCCUUCCGGCGAUUACCUCUCCCGUAUGCUGAUCAAGAGUUCAAUAUUGACCCUAUUAAGGAGUUGGAAAGUGUGACAAAACCACCUCCAUAUGUACAUUUGAAGCAUAAUGUAUAUUUCGUCAAGAAGAAAUGUGAUGGUGAUGCCAUUGAAGCUAAAUGCAGUGAUUGUGACCCUCCUCUGACCUGUCAAAUAAGAUGCUCGUGCAGGUCUGUGUCCAUUAGCUGCUCUCAGGCUUGCAAGUGCUCAAAUAAGUGCACUAACAGACCAUUUCGCAGAGAGAAAAGGAUCGGGGUUGUUAAGACACAACAUUGUGGAUGGGGUGCCAUAGCAUUGGAAACCAUCGAGGAAGGUGAUUUUGUGAUAGAGUUUGUUGGAGAAGUUAUAGAUGGCGCGAGAUGUGAAGAAAGGCUUCAAGACAUGAGACAGCGCCGAGAUAAAAAUUUCUACAUGUGUAAAGUCAACAACAACUUUAUAAUAGAUGCAACAUUCAGAGGAAAUGAUUGCCGCUUUUUUAACCACAGCUGCAGACCUAACUGUCAGUUGGAAAAUUGGCAAGUUAGUGGCAAGACAAGGCUAGGUGUGUUUUCUUUACAGGGUAUACGAGUGGGUGAGCCCUUGACCUACAAUUACAGCUUCGAACAACAUUUUGGUCCACAGACAGAAUGUUUCUGUGGUGCUGAAAACUGCCGAGGGAAGCUGUGAUAGGUAAAAGACUGACCAAAGGUGGGGGUACAUAUAACAGCUCUGACCGAGGGAAGCUGUGGCUCAAUGCAAAAGUACAGAGCAGGAAAUGGAAUCUAUAGUGAAGAUUGAUGCCCAGAGCAGCAUGUUACAUACUCAUCUUCCAAGUGUGCAGGUUUUACUCUGUAAAAAGUGUUUAGCUAGUUCUUUCAACAGAUGCCGAGAGCAAGCUGUUUAGCUAGCUAGUUCCUUUUAUCUUAAAUAUUAGUUCAGUUUAGUCGUUCUGGAUUGCGAUGCUGAACCUCUGCUUUCCUCCGUGGGAUCCAUCAGAAAUCUACAU